UAACAAAAUUUAGUAAUCUGUUGAAGAGUAAGUAAGUUGUCAUUAAAAACUAAUCGAAAAAGUUUUUAAGCUAAGUAAGAAAGUGAAGAUUUCGUUAAAUAAUCAUGGAUAGUCUACAUCGUCGUCAAGUGUGCCGCGUUAAAGUGAACCAAGAAGAUGAAAUUGUGAUUUCGGGUAUUUCUGGAAGAUUUCCAAAGUCGCACAAUGUUGCUGAGCUUAGCCACAACUUAUUCAAUAAGAUCGACAUGCUUGAAUCCAGCAAAUCAAGAUUUAAAUAUUUUAAUGGAGAGACUCCAGAUCGAAAUGGAUUUACUUAUGAUCUUGACAAGUUUGAUGCAACUUUUUUCUCUCUUAAUAAUCGCGCUGCUUCAUUUACGGAUCCACAACAAAGAAUGCUUCAAGAACAUGCGUAUGAAGCAAUAUUAGAUGCUGGAUUGUGUCCAAAACAACUUCGUGGAAGUAGAACUGGUGUUUUUAUUGGAUGUUGUUCGGUUGAAGCUGAUAAAUACGUUCUUUAUAAUGACAUGGUAAAAGAUGGCACCGGAAUGAAUGGAUCAGCAAGAGCUUUGUUAGCCAAUCGCAUUUCGUUUUCUUUGGACCUUAUAGGGCCAUCGGUGAUGCUUGAUACAGCUUGUAGUAGUACUGGCUAUGCUUUAGAUUUUGCAUUUAAUGCUAUUCGUAUUGGCGAAUGUGAAGCUGCAAUUGUCGGAGGAACUAAUAUUAUUAUUGAUGAGUCAUCAUCAGUUCACUUUGCUAGAUUAGGAGUAUUAGCUAUGGACGGAAACUGUUUACCACUUGACGAAAAAGCACAUGGCUUUGUUCGAUCUGAGUCAGUCAGCACGUUGUUUUUGCAAAAAAGGAAAGACGCUAAACGAAUUUAUGCAACGGUUGUGCAUUCUAAAACAAAUGUGGAUGGUUUUAAAAACGAAGGACUAUCAUUUCCUUCAGCAAAACACCAAGCUAAAUUAUUUGAAGAACUUUAUCAAGAAAUCGGAAUUCAUCCAAAAACUGUUGAUUACGUUGAGUGUCAUGCCACAGGAACAAGAGUUGGAGAUCCACAAGAAUGUAUGUCGAUUGACCAAGUGUAUUGUACUGAUCGUACAAAGCCACUUUUAAUUGGAACACUGAAAUCAAAUAUGGGUCAUACGGAAGCUGCUUCAUCGAAUACUUCAGUAAUAAAAUCAAUUUUGAUUUUUGAGAACGGAAAAAUUCCACCAAUGAUAAACUUAACUAAAAUUCGACAAGACAUUCCAUCACUUGUUGCUGGACGACUGAAGCCAGUUACUGAAACACUCGAUUUUGACGGAAACUUGAUUGCUCUUAAUAGUUUUGGUUUUGGUGGCGCGAAUUCUCACAUUUUAUUAAGAAAACAUCCAAAAGAUAAAGUUAAUUGCGGGAUUCCAAAUGAUAAUAUUCCAAGAUUAUUAGUUUGGUCUGGCAGAACAGAAGAAGCAUUAAAUACAAUUUUUGAUAGUGUUACAAAGCAACCACUCGAUGCUGAAUACAUUGCACUUCUUCAAAAUACACAAGUUUCAACUCAAUCGUCUAAUACUUAUCGUGGAUAUGCACUGUUUACACAAGAUCCUGAAUCUUCCAAUGCAACUUGCAUUGAACGUCAUAUUGAAAAUUUUGCUGAAGAAAAAAGACCUAUAGUUUGGGUAUUUAGUGGUAUGGGUUCUCAAUGGCCAGGUAUGGGUGCUGAUUUGAUGAAGAUUCCAAUUUUUGAGAGUUCCAUCAAGAGAUGUCAUGACAUCUUAGCCAAGAAAGGAGUAGACUUGAUCAAAAUCAUUACAUCAGAUGAUCCAACAAUUUUUGACAAUAUCCUGCAUUCAUUCGUUGGCAUAUCAGCAGUUCAACUUGCUUUGACGAAUGUUUUGAAAACUGUUGGACUUGAACCAGAUUAUAUCAUUGGACAUUCAUUUGGUGAACUUGGAUGUGCAUAUGCAGAUAAUUGCUUAACGGAAGAGGAAAUGAUUCUAUCUUCAUACUAUCGUGGACUUGUUUCUAUCCAAAAUAAAAAUAAAACAAUUUUUGGAUCAAUGGCUGUCGUUGAAGUUGGAUAUCAGCAAAUAAAAUCAAUGCUUGAUGAUGGAAUCCACGUUGCUUGUCACAAUAGUGCGGAUUCUUGUACGAUUUCAGGACCAGCGGAAAUUGUAGCUCAAUUUGUCGAAAAACUAAAGAUACAAAAUAUUUUUGCAAAGGAACUUCAAUGUUCAAAUAUUGCUUACCACAGCCCAUAUAUUAAUGAAUUUGGUCCAAAAUUAGAAAAUGUUUUAAAAUCGAUUAUUCCAAAUCCAAAACAACGAUCAGAGAAGUGGAUUUCUACAAGUGUACCAAAGAAUGAGUGGAACUCGGUUGAAAGCAAAUAUUCAUCAGCUCAAUACCAUACAAAUAAUUUAUUGAAUCCAGUACUGUUCGAAGAAAAUUGUGAAAAUCUUCCGAAAAAUGCUCUUACUAUUGAAAUUGCACCUUAUGGUCUGUUACAAGCAAUGAUGAAGCGAAAUUUACAUAAUGGUAUGCAUUUUAGUCUGACUAAACGUGACAGUAGUGAAAGUUCAAUACUACUUUUUUGCACACUCGGUAAGUUAUUUAAAAAUGGCGUUGACUUGGACUUACGCAAACUUUAUCCAACAAUUGAAUUUCCUGUAUCAAGAGGAACUCCAAUGAUUGCACCAUCAGUAAAAUGGAAUCAUGAUGAAACAUAUUUUGUUUCAUCAUAUAAUGAACAAGCUUGUAAUGAGAAAGUUUAUGAUUUAUCAGAACCAGAGUUUGACUUCAUCUCAGGACAUGAAAUCGAUGAACGUUUAUUGUUUCCAGCAACAGGAUAUUUGUAUUUGGCAUGGAAAACUCUUGCAGCUCAGUCAAGGGAGAAUUUUGCAACUUUUGAUGUUGAAUUUGAAGAUCUCGCGUUUAUUCGAGCAUGUCAAAUUCAGAAGGACAAAGUACAAAAAUUAACUGUUGUAGUGCUGCCAGAAACUGGUCAAUUUCAAGUUAGCGAAAAUAAUACAAAGCUUGUUACCGGAAUCGUUCGUCCGUGUAGCAAUUGUAAAUUAACUGAAAUUGAAGUUGAAACAAAAAAUAAUAUUUUAGAAUUAGAGUCUGCAGAUCUUUACAAGGAACUUCGGCUAAGAGGUUAUCGAUACAAAAACUUGCUUAGGUCAGUUGUAUCAGCUAAAAUGGACAGUUCUAGUGGAAAAGUUAAAUGGCAAUCAAAUUGGGUUGCGUUCCUUGAUUGUUUACUUCAAGUCCAAGUUCUUUCAAAGGAAACAAGGACACUAGCACUUCCAAUAAGCAUUAAAAAAAUUAUUAUUAAAAAGAAUGAACAUGAGAAAUUAAUGUCAGAGCUUGGUGAAAAUCCAAUUGUUGAAGUAAAACACUGCUUUGAUUUAAAUAUUACUCGUUGCGGAGGCGUUGAAAUAAGUGGUCUAAUGGUACGAAAUGUUGGAAGACGACCACCAAAAGGAAUUCCAGUACUUGAAGGGCAUGCAUUUGUCUCUCACUUUCCAACUCCAUGCUUUUCUAAAAUUGAUGUUGGAAGAUUUUGUGUGGAAUUGGCACUCGAAAACGAUAUUGCUAAAAACGUAUCAUGUGUUGAGAUUGACAUGAACGAUGAUAGAGAACCAUUGUGUGAAUAUUUUGGACAGGCAUUGAAUGAUGUUCCACUUGUUAUAGGAGAAUUAAACUAUUUGACAUCCAAAGAUAUUGAAAUCUUUCAAACAACUGUCUCAAAUUUAGAAUUGUCAACAUUCAGCAACCAAACAUUUAUAAUUAAAUCAAAUUGUAUGUUUGAUGCUGAUUUCUUAGAGAAUGUGAAGAAAUACAUUAGUGAAAAUUCCUACAUCAUUUCUAGGGAAUCAAAGGAUCGUGAAAUUUAUCAUGAUUUUGAAGGAUGUGAAGGUUAUAAAAUAGUUGCUAUCAUUCCAACUGAAACUGAGACUGUAGUAAUGAUGAAUUACAAAAAAGUCCCGAAUCCAUGUCCAACAUCAAUAAUCAAAAUUACAAAUGCCGAUCAAAGUUAUUCAUGGCUUGAUAUUUUGAAGAAAACAGCAAAAACGGAACCGACAUUAGUUUAUUCUGAAAAUGAAAGUCAAUCAGGAAUUUUGGGACUUGUUAAUUGUAUCAGAAAGGAACCAAGUGGACAUAAUUUACGUUGUGUAUUCAUCGAUGAUAAAUCAGCACCGCCAUUUGAUAUUAACGAUCCAUUUUACAAAGCACAGCUUAACAAAGGUUUAGCAAUUAAUGUUUAUAGAAAUGAUAAAUGGGGAAGCUAUAAACACUUUUUAAUCAAACCUAAUUAUGAAAAAAUGCAACACGAAGAUUCUUACUUUUUAAACAGUUUGGUUAAAGGAGAUCUCUCUUCUAUCAAAUGGCUUCAAAGUCCAAUCAAGAAUGAUUCUGACAAUAUUGUAAAGGUUCAAUAUGCUGCAUUAAAUUUCAAAGAUGUCAUGGGUGCAACAGGAAAAUUGUCAGAAGAUGCAGAGUGUAAAAAUAGAACGGAUUCAAUAUUUUUUAUAGGAAUUGAAUUUGCUGGCAUAACAAAAGAAGGAUGUCGUACUAUGGGAAUGAAAUUAGCUGGUGGUCUAGCAACACAUGUUAAUAUAAAUGAAGCAGUAUCAUGGGAAGUUCCUGAUCAUUGGACAUUGGAAGAAGCUGUUACUGUUCCAUGUGUUUAUAGUACUGUUUAUGCUGCCUUCUUUAUUUCCAUCCAAAUCGAGAGAGGAAAAUCUAUUUUAAUUCAUUCAGGUACAGGUGGGGUAGGAUUGGCAGCUAUUCAAGUGGCAUUUGCUUAUGGUUUGGAAGUAUUUACAACAGUUAGUACAGAAGAGAAGAAAAACUACUUGUUGAAUGAGUUUCCUGAAUUAAAAAGCGAAAAUAUUGGAAAUUCUCGUGAUACAUCAUUUGAAAAUAUGAUCAAGAAACGGACUCGAGGCAAAGGAGUUGAUUAUGUCCUGAAUUCUUUAUCUGAAGAAAAGUUAGCAGCAUCUGUUCGUUGUUUAGGCAAACGUGGAAAGUUUCUGGAAAUUGGAAAAUUUGAUAUAGCCAAUGACAAUAAAUUAAGCCUUGGAGACUUCUUAAAAGAACUUUCAUUCCACACUAUUUUUAUUGAUAACAUAGUUAAGGGAACAAAGGAAGAACAAUUAUUUUUAAAAAAUCUUUUGGACGAUGGCAUUAGACGAGGAAUAAUUAAGCCAUUGAAAACAACUGUAUUUAAUGCCGAUAAAGUUGAAGAUGCAUUCAGACUUUUAGCAAGUGGCAAACAUAUUGGAAAAGUUGUUCUUAAAAUUCGUGAGAACGAAUCCGACGAUGCAACAUUACCAAUCUCAGUUAUACCAAGAGUUUAUUGCAAUCCAGAACAUUCUUACAUUAUUUGUGGAGGUUUGGGAGGUUUCGGUUUGGAACUUGCUGACUGGUUGAUCAUUAAAGGUUGCAAAAAUUUAAUACUGAGUACAAGCCGAGGAAUAACAAAACAAUAUCAAGCAUAUCGAAUUAAAACAUGGGAAACUUAUGGCAUUCACGUACAGGUUAAUAAGUCAGACAUUACCACAAGACAAGGAUGUGAACAAUUGAUUGAUGAUGCUCUUAAGCUUGGCACAGUUGGAGGAAUUUUCAAUUUAGCACUUCAAUUGCGAGAUGGUAUUUUGGAAAAUCAAACAGUCACCUCUUUUGAUGAAUGUAUGGCACCAAAGGCAUAUGCAACUAAAUAUUUGGAUGAAAUCUCUAGAACAAAGUGUCCAUCUUUGCAGUAUUUUGUAAUUUUCUCAAGCGUUGCUUGUGGACGUGGAAAUGCAGGUCAAAGUAACUAUGGUAUGGCUAACUCUGUAAUGGAAAGAUUGAUGGAGGAACGACACAAUUUAGGAUUACCAGCAAAAGCAAUUCAGUGGGGUGCGAUAGGAGAAGUUGGAAUAGUUGCUGAGUUGCAAGAAGACAAUAUUGAAAUGGAAAUUGGAGGAACUUUGCUUCAAAGAAUAUCUUCUUGUAUAGACGAACUUGACACUUUGAUGACUGCUAAAAGUACAGUCGUUUCAAGCAUGGUUGUUGCGGAAAAAAGAGUCAAAAGGUCUGGUAAAGGUGGAGUCAUUAAUAUGCUCAUGAACAUUAUGUCAAUAAAGGAUAUGAAAUCAGUUUCGAUGGAAACAAAACUCUCAGAACUGGGCAUGGAUUCAUUAAUGACAGUUGAAAUUUCUCAAACUUUACAACGCGAUUUUAACAUUGUAUUGACAUCACAGCAACUACGAUCAAUGACUGUGGGACAGUUAAAAGCACUUGAAUGGUGCAAUGCAGAUGAAACUCAAGAAAAAGCUAAGAUUAAUUUGGAACUUUUGAUAAAAAAUUUAGGAGAUGAAAGGACAAGUCACUUAACUAUUUUGAAGUUUAAUGAAAAAUUAGAAGAAAACAAUACGAAAGCAUUAAUAAUCCCUGGAAUUGAAGGUAUUGGUGGAAAAAUGUUCUCCGAUUUGGGAAAGAAAACUAAAUACCCAACUUAUGUACUGCAAUGCAUGAAUAUUUACAAUAUUAGUAACAUCAAUGAUAUGUGUGACGCUUUAAUUGAGGAUGUCGCAGCACUGUAUGCAAAUGACUCAACAUUCCUGUUUAUUGGAUAUUCUUAUGGAUCAAUAUUAACUUUGAAAUUGGCAAAAAUGCUUGAAGAUUUAGGGAAAACUGGCAAAGUCAUCAUUAUUGAUGGCUCUCCUGGUUUGUCAAAAAAAUUGAUCACUAACAUGAUUUCAGUAUCAGAAAAUGUAGAUAAAACAAUUGAAACACUUUCAAUGGAUCUAAGCUUAAAGUAUGCUUUCCCAAAUGAUGUUAGUAACCGUAAAAAAUUUGUCCUAGCUGAGUCUACCUGGGAUGCAAAAUUGUUGAAAUUAGAUGAGAUUUAUUUGGAUUUUGAAGUCUAUUCGAAAAAAUUCAUCUCAAAAGCUGCAACACUUGUAAAGAAUCGUUUAACAGCAGGAUAUUAUUUAUCUUUGGAUGACUUUGCGACCAUAAAGUCACCGAUAAAAUUAGUGAAACCAACUGAAGCACUAGUUUUUAAUGAAGAACAUGAUUUUGGCUUAAAUAAAUUUUCAGACAGUGAAAUUGAAGUGAUAAUUCUUGAAGGAAAUCACACAACAAUCUUAGAACAUCCGGAUGUUUUUAAAAUUAUUAAUUCUUCUUUCUAAAUUAAUUUCUAGUUUUGAAUGGGUUUUUUAAAUGGUUUUAUUAAAAGUUUGAGCUUUUAAUUAAGGGUCAUGGAAUAAUUAAUAAAAAACUAUUUAUAAAUUGAACUAUAUUUUAUAAAAAAAAAGAAUUAAAAAUUUGAACAAAUAAAAAA